UCCUCAGCUGUUUGUAUUCAUGUUCCUUCAUUACUACUGAAUUUGAAUGCCAGUAUCUCUCUUUCUAUCUAUAUUACGCUACAUCUGUCUCUGUUCCACACAAUACAUAUCAAACUAAAAGAAAGCUAUUCACUGAUUGUGAUGAUGGCUUCAUUGUGUUUGAGUUCCUCAAUUGUUUUGCUCCACCACUACCUCAUCAUCAUCAUCAUCUUUUCUCUGCUACAAAGUUCUCAGUUACGGUCAGCCAUGGCUGACUGCAAUUGCUUCUGUUCUAUCAUCAAUUUUGGAGACUCCAGUGCUGACAAUGGCAACUUACUGUACUACCUUCACUACCAAAACCAUGUUGGCUACCCUCCAAACGGAGAAACCUUCUUCGGUCAUCCUACCGGCCGUUUUUCUGAUGGCCGCAUCAUCAGUGAUUUUCUUGCUGAGUGGAUGGGGUUGCAAUUCUUGCCAGCAUACUUGAGAGGUCCAGAUGGGCAUGACUUUGAGAAGGGAGUGAAUUUUGCAUUUGGUGGCGCCACUGCAGUGAACACCACCUUCUUCACAGACCAUGGACUUCCACUUCCUGUGAGGAACAUCUCUCUGUAUGAUCAGAUAGGCUGGUUCAAAGAUAUGCUCCAUGACCACUGUUCCUCUCAUUCAGAUUGUGAGGAUAUGUUGAAUAGAACUCUAUUCAUUGUUGGUCAAAUUGGAGGAAAUGAUUUCUAUAACCCACUUCUCCAGGGAACAGCAGUUCACCAAAUUAAAACCAUUAUAUUUCCUGCUAUAAUUCAGUCAGUUAUUUCAGCAAUUAAGACUUUAAUUGAGUUGGGAGCAAGAACAAUUGUGGUUCCAAACCUUCACCCAGAGGGAUGCAUGCCCGCUCUUCUUUCUACAUUUCAAAGUUCCGGACAAGAUUACUAUGACAAGAGAACAGGUUGCAUUAAAUGGUUGAAUGAGCUCACAGAGUUCUACAAUCAAUUGCUUCAGGUUGAGCUUCAACAAAUUCAACAUCUAUUCCACAAUAUCACCAUCUUCUUUGCAGAUUUCUAUGGACUCAUGUAUGAAAUUUUGGAGUCACCACAAAGAUAUGGAUUUGGAAGCCAACCUUUGCUAGCAUGUUGUGGUGGAAACGGUCCAUAUAACAUUGAAUAUGGUUUGGAUUGUGGGGAUAAAGGGUCAAAGACAUUUGGUGAUCCAUCCAGCUUUGUGUUUUGGGACUCUCAUCAUCCUACUGAAGCUGUUAAUAAGAUAUUUGCUACUCUUUUGUUCAAUGCAUUGUGUGGUUUGCCUUUAAGCACAAGUUCUUGGGAGGAAUGAUCUUCAACUUCGACCAGAGUCUUUUAUCCAGAUUUAAAGAUUAUAUUUAUGGAAGUAUGUUGUUGACAGGGGUUUGGGCACAAUUUGGUCUGUGUGCGGCAUGCAUAAUUGAUGAUCCAUUAUUGUAUCCACGUCUUUUCAGCAAGUAUUGAACUUAAAACUUUGAAUGUCUCGGAUUUGAUUUUCAAUAUA